UGUCACCCUCUCACCCGUGGCUGUCAAGUCUGUCUGUUUACUUCACCCCGACCACUGUCCAAAUGAACAUCACGGUGAGACCUCAUUGGCCUUAUUCAUCCAUAUACCACACUGUCAAAACGGUUUCUAUCUGCCAUAAAAUUAUCUUCCUCUGCAUCACUGCAGUGUGUGUUUUGGAAGUGAAUGUAAUAAUCACCUUGUCUCUUUCCCAUCACAGAACAUCCUGAAUAUUACCAAUGACAACUUUUUUACAGUUAAGGCCUACAACUUGACAGUGCAGGCUCUUUUUGAUAAAACUGUUGUGGGAACGGCUGAUAUGAAAAAUUUAACCAACGUGAAACCACUCACUGACAAAACGGUGAGCACCUCCCCUCAUUACCAACUGCUAUACCGCAGAGACGUUAGCUUCUGGAAGCCUCUAAAUAUUGUUACUUGACUCACUGAUGCGCUUCCAUAUUUCCCCUGACAGUUUGCCUUUGAGAUUCCUGUCAAGCUAGUGGAGGAGGGUCUGAAGUAAGUACAAACUAUAACCUUGGUUAAAUUAUGUCUGGUGCUGAAUCUUCCAUCAAGUCAGUACUGAGACAUACAGUGGAUAUAAAAAGUCUACACACCCCUGUUAAAAUGCCAGGUUUUUGUGAUGUAAAAGAAUGAGACAAAGAUAAAUCAUGUCAGAACUUUUUCCACCUUUAAUGUGACCUAUAACGUGAACAAUUAAAUUGAAAAACAAACUGAAAUCUCAGGGGGGAAAACUAAAAAAACUCACUAACCUGGUUGCAUAAGUGUGCACACCCUUAAACUAAUACUUUGUUGAAGCACCUUUUGAUUUUAUUACAGCACUCAGUCUUUUUGGGUAGGAGUCUAUUAGCAUGGCACAUCUUGACGUGGCAAUAUUUGCCCACUCUUCUUUGCAAAAGCGCUCCAAAUCUGUCAGAUUGCGAGGACAUCUCCUGUGCACAGCCCUCUUCAGAUCACCCUAGAGAUGUUCAAUUGGAUUCAGGUCUGGGCUCUGGCUGGGCCAUUCCAAAACGUUAAUCUUCUUCUGGUGAAGCCAUGCUUUUGUGGAUUUGGAUGUGUGCUUUGGGUCGUUGUCGUGCUGAAAGGUGAACUUCCUCUUCAGCUUUCUAACGGACGCCUGAAGGUUUUGUGCCAAAAUUGACUGGUAUUUGGAACUGUUCAUAAUUCCCUCCACCCUGACUAAGGCCCCGGUUCCAGCUGAAGAAAAACAGCCCCAAAGCAUGAUGCUGCCACCACCAUGCUUCACUGUGGGUAUGGUGUUCUUUGGGUGAUGUGCAGUGUUGUUUUUGCGCCAAACAUACCUUUUGGAAUUAUGGCCAAAAAGUUCAACCUUGGUUUCAUCAGACCAUAACACAUUUUCCCACGUGCUUUUGGGAGACUUGAUGUUUGUUUUUGCAAACUUCAGCCGGGCUUGGAUGUUUUUCUUUGUAAGAAAAGGCUUCCGUCUUGCCACCCUACCCCAUAGCCCAUUCAUAUGAAGAAUACGGGAGAUUGUUGUCACAUGUAGCACACAGCCAGUACUUGCCAGAAAUUCCUGCAGUUCCUUUAAUGUUGCUGUAGGCCUCUUGGAAGCCUCCCUGACCAGUUUUCUUCUCGUCUUUUCAUAGAUUUUGGAGGGACGUCCAGUUCUUGGUAAUGUCUCUGUUGUGCCAUAUUUUCUCCACUUGAUGAUGACUGUCUUCACUGUGUUCCAUGGUAUAUGUAAUGCUUUGGAAAUUAUUUCGUACCCUUCUCCUGACUGAUAUAUUUCAACAAUGAGAUCCCUCUGAUGCUUUGGAAGCUCUCUGCGGACCAUGGCUUUUGCUCUGAGAUGCAACUAAGAAAAUGUCAGGAAAAUCCUACUAGAACAGCUGAACUUUAUUUGUGAUUAAUCAGAGUCACUAUAAAUGAUGGCAGGUGUGUAAUGACUUCUAUUUAACAUGAGUUUGAAUGUAAUUGGUUAAUUCUGAACAUAGCCACAUCCCCAGUUACAGUGGGGGAAAAAAGUAUUUAGUCAGCCACCAAUUGUGCAAGUUCUCCCACUUAAAAAGAUGAGAGGCCUGUAAUUUUCAUCAUAGGUACAUGUCAACUAUGACAGACAAAAUUAGAAAAGAAAUUCCAGAAAAUCACAUUGUAGGAUUUAUUUGCAAAUUAUGGUGGAAAAUAAGUAUUUGGUCAAUAACAAAAGUUUCUCAAUACGUUGUUUUAUACCCUUUGUUGGCAAUGACACAGGUCAAACGUUUUCUGUAAGUCUUCAUAAGGUUUUCACACACUGUUGCUGGUAUUUUGCUCUCUGCAGGUCAUUCACUAGGUCCCCCCGUGUGGUUCUGGGAUUUUUGCUCACCGUUCUUGUGAUCAUUUUGACCCCACGGGGUGAGAUCUUGCGUGGAGCCCCAGAACGAGGGAGAUUAUCAGUGGUCUUGUAUGUCUUCCAUUUCCUAAUAAUUGCUCCCACAGUUGAUUUCUUCAAACCAAGCUGCUUACUUAUUGCAGAUUCAGUCUUCCCAGCCUGGUGCAGGUCUACAAUUUUGUUUCUGGUGUCCUUUGACAGCUCUUUGGUCUUGGCCAUAGUGGAGUUUGGAGUGUGACUGUUUGAGGUUGUGGACAGGUGUCUUUUAUACUGAUAACAAGUUCAAACAGGUUCCAUUAAUACAGGUAACAAGUGGAGGACAGAGGAGCCUCUUAAAGAAGAAGUUACAGGUCUGUGAGAGCCAGAAAUCUUUGUAGGUGACUAAAUACUUAUUUUCCACCAUCAUUUGCAAAUAAAUUCAUUAAAAAUCCUACAAUGUGAUUUUCAAUUCUCAAUUUGUCUGUCAUAGUUGACGUGUACCUAUGAUGAAAAUUACAGGCCUCUCUCAUCUUUUUAAGUGGGAGAACUUGCACAAUUGGUGGCUGACUAAAUACUUUUUCCCCCACUGUAUGCAUCUUUCCGUUACUGCAUGUACCAGUUACCCUUGUAAGGUUUUUAUACCCUGUUCAAAUAUCACGUGAACUAUUCGGCCCUUCUCAUAACGAAUGUAACAGUUUUUUAUUUCAAUUUCUAAUAUGAUGUGUUUAAUGUAAUAGUGUCUCUCAUUAACACUGAGUUCAAAAGUUUUCUGACUAAGUGCUAAUUGUAUGAGGCUCUUUUUAAAUUUGACGUGAUAUGAAAAUUUACACGUAACACACAAAACUGCCCGCUAUUCAAUCUAUACCACAGGUUAGUUCGGCUAUUUGUUACUGACUCACUUUUUCCAUAUUCCCUGCAUUCCUGUGCCAAGUAGAGGAGUAAUAAGUAAUGUACUUUUAGCUGUCUCCCAAUAGUAUGAAAUGGAUUAUAAAAGUACCCUAACACAGUUUGGAAAUAAUGACAAGAUAUCGCAAAGUUUCCUUUAAUGUCCUAUAAGUACAUAAAUAAAAAACUGAAAGUCUCAGGGGAAUAAACCAUACUGUUCAUAAUGACCUUAUAAUACUGACCUUUGAUUUUCGAUUCUUUUGGCAUAGGCAUACAUGCCAUUUGAAAGUAUUUGCACUCUUCUUUGCAAGCUGAAAUGCAAUUGGCACCUGAAGCCUUUCAAUACCGAUUGUCUGACAGGCAGUGGUCAAUUCCAUACUUUAAUCUCUUUGAGCAUGUUGUUUUGAUGUGAAUAUGAUGUUUGGUGAAGUGACAAUCCUAACUUUUAACUGGACUAGUUUUCCAAUUACGAUUUGGACUUUUUUCUCCCGAAAGCUUCACUGAACAAAAGCCCCCAAACUGAUGCUGCAACCUCUUCCUGGGGAUUUCUUGAUGUGCGUUUGUUUUUGGAAAACUUGGAUGGCAAAAUUACUUGGUUUCAUGACGAAACUUUCCCGUCUUUGAGAAAUAUUUUUUUAACUACAGGGGCUUGGAGUUAUCUUUAAAAGGUCGUCAGCCACCUAACCCUGCCUUAUAUGAGAAUAGGAUUGUCAAGCAUGAACGCCAUACUCCAAAGUCCGAUCCUUUAAGUUGCAGCCUCUGACCUCCAUUUCUCUCUUUUCAUGAUUUUGGGCGUCAUGUAUGCUAUUGUCCAUUCUUAGCCACUGUAUCAUGUUCAUUAGUUCCUGAUAAAGCUGGUAAAAUAGACCAUUCUCCACUAUUUCCAAUGAUCCCUGUCUUGGAACUCACCAAUGUUUUUCGAAACUAAAUGUCGGAAAUCAUAAAAACUAUGGAUUAAUAUACUUAAGGCGUUGUAUAUUCAAUGAUUGAAUAAUUGUAAUCUAACAUAAUCAUCCCGUUACUGGGAAAAACUCUCUAUCAACCAAUGGCAAUCCCACUUAAAGAAGAGCCUGACAUCAGAUUAAGAUCGAAAUUGAAAAUUUCCGAAAAUCUGUGGAUUUUCAAAUUAUGCAACUAUUUUCAUACAAGUUUCUACUUUUUAUCCUUUUUGGCAAGAAGCAAACUUUGAAUUAUAGUUUUCAAUUUCCGAAUUUUCUCCGUCUCCUUCCCCGGGUCUUUUCUACUUCUUUGACAUGACCCGGUAGACUGCUGGUCCCCGAAAUCAGUGGCUUGAGUUCUUCAUAUUGCUCCCGUUAUUUUAACCGCUUACUUGUCGAAUUCGUCCAAAAUCCCAGCUGGUCAGUCACUUUUUUUCUGCCUUAAGCUCUUGUCUGGCCAUAUUGUUUGAGAAGUCGUUAGUUUGGCAUGCUUUUAUGAAACAUUCAAAACUUAUCGGUACAAAUGGCAAUGCCUCUUAAGGAAUACAGUUUAGCCAAAAUCUUUUGUGACAAAUUAUUUCCACAUCUUGAAAUAACAGUUAAAACCUCAAUUUUUUCAUUCCAUUGUCUAUUGACGUUUGAAAAUCAGGCCUUCCUUUUUUAAUGAGACUUGCAAAUUGGCAUGAUAUUUCCUGAUUGCACGGUUUGAAGUUUAUUUUCAUUUUCCCAUUUAAUCAGUUUGUUUCAAGAUUUCACUUAUGGCACUAGCAAAAGUCUGACUAUUAUUUCUCUUUUACACACACUGGCUUUCGGUUGUACUUUUAUCCGUAGUAUUUGGCGUGGUUACAAAGUGCAUACUGGCCAGCUUUAAAUGAGUUUGCUGUAAAGUUCGCUAUUGAUUGCAUGUCAGAUGACCAUCGCUAAUUGAUUUCUGUGUUCGACAGUUAAUCCUCUUCUGUUUGUUUUUGAUGUUAAGCAGCAAUAUAUUUUGUUGUUGUUUAGAACAGCUAUUACUAGCUUUUUGAACUGCAACUUUAUAUGAUUUCUUAGAAAUGUAUAAUAAGCACUAACUCAUUCGCUCUUGGAUGGUAAUCCACUCAUUUCUCUGUGUUGCGAAUUGUCACAGUCCGUAGAUUGCACUAACUUAAGCAAGCUAUUACUGUGUACACAGUUAUUUCAACGUACUGGUUUUGGUUGUACAGAUUACAACCUAAUUCACCAUUUUAAAAGGCCAAAGUAGUUGAUUCAGGUGGAACUACUCUAAGAAUAAAAGGAAACACCCAUUUAAAGUGUCUUAAUAGGGUGUUUGGCCAGAACAGCUUCAAUGCACCUUGGCAUAGAUUCUACAAGUGUCUGGAACUCUAUGGGAAUGCAACACUAUUCUUCCAUGAGAAAUUCCAUCAUUUGGUGUUUUGUUUAUGGUGUUGGAAAACGCUGUCUCAGGCACCGGAAUUUCCCAUAAGUGUUUAAUUGGGUUGAGAUCUGCUAACUGAUACGGCCAUGGCAUAUGGUUCACCUCGUUUUCAUGCUCAUCAAACCAUUCAGUGACCACUCAUGCCCUGUGGAUGGGGGACUUGUCAUCCUAUGAGGCAUAGCCAUGGUAGCCAAAAUAGUGGCCUGCCCAACAUUUUUAUACAUGACCCUAAGCAUGAUGGGAUGUUAAUUGCUUAAUUAACUCCGGAACAGGAACCACACGUGUGUGGAAGCACCUGCUAUCAAUAUACUUUGUAUCCCUCAUUUACUCAAGUGUUUCUAUUAUUUUGGCAGUUACCUGGAUCUGCUACUUGGAAGUUCCAUCUGAGCCACUGGCUUAGUCCCAUAGAGUACCACAGUAUGAGUCAUAAUACCCAUAAAACCAAGCGGUCAAACAAGGAAAUGGUUCCAAUUGUUUUUCCACCAUUCAUUUUUCCCAUAGGGGAUUUUAGAAACACUUAAAAUAAGGGCUGUGUUUCGUGUAGGCUUACCCUGGCGUGAUCUUUUUGAUAACCAUGUAAAUCUCUCUAGGACAAAAUGACUUAUCAAUAUAUUCGCCUGUAUUUACCCCUCAAAUGAAAUGCUAAUUUGGCUAUUAUAAAGAACUACAAAUGCCAUGAUGAUCUGGACGAGACUGCCGAAUCGAGGCAAAGGUAAAAAUCUCUGGAUUAACUAUCUAAACUAUUUAGUAAUUCAUAUAUUGGCAACAUUUCUUUAAACUGAAAUUUCUUUGAACUUUCUUGUGAAAGUUUUAAAUUGACACAAUACCUGUUAGCAAAGGUGUCAGCUAGAGCUUGCAGGGAUUUGUAGUUUUGCAUGACGUCUACUUUGAUGCUAAUUAGCUUUUUCAAAUCUGAGUAAAUAGAGCCGACUAUAUUGAUAAAAGUCACCUUGUCCGAGAGAUUUACAUGGUUAUCAAAAUGUCACACCAGGGUAAGCCUACACGAAACACAGCCCCUAUUUUAAGUGUUUCUGAAAAUUCCCUGUGGGAAAAAUGAAUAGUGGAAAACGAUUUGAACCAUUUCCCUGUUUGACUGCUAGGUUUUAUGGCUAUUAUGACACCUCAACUGUGGGGCUCUAUUCUUUUAACUUUUUUUUUUAGUUGGGUUGGAGACAUAGCAUAGCAUCCAACAUUCCAUUUGUUAACUUGUCGACAAGUUAAUAGGCUAUUUAUUGUAUUUCAAAAGUGAUAUUGAAUUGUGUUCGGUUUAUAUGUUGGAUUCAUGUCUCUAAAAUGUAACUUUUAUUUAGUCCUAUUCUUUGACUUUUUGAUUUUUGGUAAAGAUGGAGAUAGGAAUCCAACAUAUAAAUUAUACAUUUGUAGGCUAACUGGAAUUAAAGCCAGACUAAGUAAUUGGCACAGAUGGAACUAUCCAUGCAGAAGGUGCAUCUCCUCGUUAAAUUUGAAGUCAACCAGAGCUUGAAACGCUAGGCCUAUUGUAUUGUCAAUUUUUAGAUUAAUUCUGGGUUGAAUUUAAAUAAUAGCUGUUGAUGACUUUGCAAAUGCUAUAUAGGCUUAAAUAGCAUCAUUGAUGAUAUAAGUGCUAAAGUAUGGUCACAAUUUAAUUUGCUCUGUUAAACCUACCCUUUGGAAUGAUUUCGAUUAGCAACAGUGAAUUUAUUUAGUUUUAAAGUGAAUGGCUCUCAACAAUAAUUGUCACGAUAGCACAUUGGUAAAAAUCAAUGACAAAUCUCAUAGCUAAGCUGGGCUGGGCUUGGUUAAAACCCUGCAUGGGAGACUGAAGGGUAGCUGUAGAUGGAUGAAUUCUCCAGUAGGAGGUGCUGCCCAUCCUAUUGUUUUUUUUCUGAUAAUGGAUAUAAAGUUGACGUUCUGACGUUGUUUUAAAGGUACAAAUUCAACAUAUUUGAUACAAUGUUUGUCUGAAAUUUGGUUACCAUGAUGACAUGCAUAAUCGUGUGGUUGAAAUUUCACCGUCAAAACAACACCGUCAUAUCCAAUGUAUUUUCAGAUUCCACAUCACAAUAUGUUGAGGUAGCUUAGUGGUUAAGAGCGUUGUGCCAGUAACCGAAAGGUUGCUGGUUCUAAUCCCCGAGCCAACUAGGUGAAAAAUCUGUCGAUGUGCCCUUGAGCAAGGCACUUAACCCUAAUUGCUCCUGUAAGUCGUAAAUGUAAAUUGUAACAACGCUAAUUCAAGCAGUUUGUGCCCAGUGGGUUGUUUUGAAAUCAUAUGAUCUUUCAUAAGGAAAUCCUGUAGGUAUUCAUUAUUUUCUCCUAUUUAUUCUUCCCAGCAAUUACUGCAAGAAAUCUACAAUCAAGAUCCACACGUUAUUUGUCCAUCUUCAGUGAGUAUGUGCCCUGUCAGUCAGUAUGGGUAAAACACCCCCCAAAUGUAGCUUUGUUCCCACAGUUUAGCCAUUUUAGAUUCUAUUAACAUUAUAAUGCAUAUAUUCAACAAUGAACAAGAAUCAUAAUGCAUAUAUAUAAUGCAUAUAUUCAACAAUGUUGAAUCUGUGUUCUGUGGGGAAAAAUGUAAUACCAUAAUAGUUCAUGACUAAAUGUUUUGAUGAUAAACGGACACAACCUCACCCACCUAGUAAACCAAUGGGGUUAGAGACUAACCUAUUUAUUUCUUAUCAGUGGUUAACAUCUGAGGAAGUGCUAUAAAAGGGCUGUAUUGCUUGUUAACUUGGCCCAGUUUUUACAGUGAUGGCUCAAGGGAGAGUUUCUUUCAUGGUUGCGGUUAGGAAACCUUGAUAGCCGGCUGACUAAAUCUGAUACAAUUACAUAAAUUAUCAUUACAUUUGAUGAAUUAAAUAAUAAAUGAAAAUGGUAUAACCAUCUGUAUCUUCCACCUCCCUCAGGAUGACUGUCUACUACCUGGCCCACUUUGAGCAGCUUUCCUUGGACACGUUUGAAUACAUUGACUGUGGGUCUAACACCACAACACCCCACCUCAUCAACCCUACACCC